GAGAUUUAUGAUUUCUUCGCGCUGCAUGGCUAGGUUUUCGAUCUUGUGCAUGUGAUCGAAAGUGACAAGGCCAAAGGACUUUAUCGUGUCUUAUUAUUUGUUAUCCCGCCCGCCGUCGCUGUUGACAGUUUGGCCGAUUUCCUGGGACAUCGAGAACGAAUACGCGGUUACCCAAUAUGAAUAUGGGACCUCAAUCGCAACUCUUCGUAGACUUUCCCGAGCUGGCAUCAUUAUCGCGGGAAGACCUUGAAGAUCUACUUUCCAAUCCUGCGUACUUUGAAGCGGUCUUCCACUCCUUAUCGCCUGUCAGGGCUUUAUUCCAGGCGCAAUUGGAAGUGGGAAUGGCUAAUCAGUCUUUGGCCAACCAUAACCUUGAAUUUCAGGAUGACCUCUACCGAUUACGAUCCGAAACGCAAGAAGCGUUCGAUCAAGCCAAACGGUUACAAUCUCGUGCAAAGGAACUCGAGCGCGAACAAAAGGAGUUAUAUCAACGAUACGAUCCUUCUUUCCUCCUAUUACGCCUCCGACACGCUACGACGGCCCAAGAUGAACAUUCGGAAUCCAUCGCUUCAUCGUUCAUACGGCAUUCUGCCGCCACCAGCACCAGAUCCAUACCCAUACCCACACCCACUUCCCUCGAAACUGGCACCAGCACACCCAUAGAAAAAGAUAUCGACGAUUUCGUCAAGGAGUUUCGGGAAGCGAGAAAACAAUUUCAUAAGCGGAAGAUUUGGGGCGAUCAGUGGACUGUAGGGAAGGUUGUUUGGAAUGAGGAUUAGCUCUCAAGUGAUGGAAUGUAGUCUCCAGUUAUAAGACGAGGCGUGUUUGUUGCAAAGUCGGA